CUUUUGAUGCUUAGGCUUUGGCUUACUUGAGUCAGAUUUUGAAUAAAAAAAUACAUUUUUUAAAUGGUGUAGCAUCCUAAUUAAUUAUAAAAUGGAGCUUAUUUACUCUAUGAGACGUAAACCUUUAAAAUGUGAACCGCCCCACUUCGACAUCACAUCAGAUCCAGAAAUAAUUAGGCCUAUUUGUACUAUAUCUACUUGCAAUAUCAUUGCUUUCACAUCGUUGACGGAGCUGUCCGACUGUGAUGGGGACACUUGGGGUGGUCACGUCUAUGUUUGUGAUCUUGACACACCGUGGGAUAGCCAUAAAGUUACUAGCACUGUACAUCCUAUAUCAGCAUUAGAAUGGGAUGGUGAGGGAAAGCAGCUGUUAGUAGCCACUACAGUGGGAGAGGUGUCUGUGUACGGCCAGAAAGACUUUCUCCUUAAUGAAUGGACAUGUUUGUACACUGCUACCUUCCCAGGCGAACACAUAAUUAAGGCAACAUUUUUCCACAAUGGUCGAAGAGUUCUAGCAUUAGAAAAGAAACCGGAUGCUCCGGUUAGUGAAAGAAUACAAAUCCUGAGGUCAACGCCAACUUUGAAAGGCUUCGGUGGUGUCGCGUGUCGCGGUGCGUGUGUCAUAUCAAGCACAGGACUGGUGGGUGCGCUGCAAGCAGGAGAGGGGACACGUGCACAAGUCGCCAGCGACUGCCUUCGUUCGCCGCGAGACCACAUCUGUGCUGCUUCCAUCGCGCAUAAAAACGGAAACCUGCUGGUGGCGGCGGCGUGGCGGCGCGGCUCCAAGCGCGGCGUGCGCUGCGCGGUGUGCUCCGUGCUGCGCUCCAACACCUCGCGCGCCUCCCCGCUGGCCGUGCAGCUGCAGCCGCUGCCGACCGUCUACCUGCUGGACGACGACAUCUCGCCCGUGUCAUUGUGUUGGUGGCUCCGGGACGACACGGACGCCCUCCUCAUCGCUGGGAACAAUUUAACUCUAUGGAAACUCACGGAGCGAUCUUAUCCAGUACACAAGUUACUAUCGAAAGGCCCAGUACAAGGAAGCACGACGCCUGGUGGUGGACCUAAAACUUUGGAUUGUUUUAAUACUGUAUCGUGGCAGCAGGCGGCGGCGUGGCCGCUGGAGGGCGGGGAGAGCGCCACGCACGUGUGCGCCGCGCGCCUGCCGCCCGCCGCGCACGCCGUGCUCGCCACCCCGCGCGCGCUGCACCUGCUGCCGCGAGACACGCACCACUAUCUGGUUUCCCGUCCAAUCGUGUCAAAUGGCACUUCAGCACCGGAAACGGCGGCCGGCGCGGGGACGCCUCCCAAGAAGACCAAGUACGGGCCCGGACUAGCGCCGCAGAGCGGCGGCUCGGCCACGGUGUGGUGCGCGGAGCUGUCGGCGCUGGGCAGCGUGGCGGUGGCGCUGGACUCGCGCUCGCAGCUGCACGUGUACAAGCUGCUGCAGCCCGCGCCCGACGUGCCGACUCCGCUGUCAGUACAGCACGUAACGUCACUGCUCGAGUACUCCAUGGUGUCUGGGUACGACUGCCUCGACGUACUGAUGACCCUCAAAUCGAAUAUCGUUGAAGCUGUAUACGAGAGAUUAACGGAGAAUUUCCAAAGACAAGCGCAGUCGUUCCAACAGUAUUACUAUCACAGCUGGCUUAAGCUAAGAAUUUCCCUGUGCAGCCUGUCGGGCGCCUGGCAGAGCAGCGCGGCGGCGCUGUCGGCGCAGCAGCUGUGCGGCGCGGCGUGGGCGGCGUGCGCCGGCGCGCUGCGCGACGACAAGCCCGACGCGCUGGCCGCGCUCGCCGCGCUGCUGGACGACCACGCGCCGCCCGACCUCGACAAGAAUCUCCUAGCAUUGGAGGCUAAAAUGGAUCUGACGAGCGAGGGGACGCUGCAAGCGUUGCAGCCGCUGCAAGCUCUUAGACGACCGUUGCAGCGAGCCCUGCACACGGCGCUCACGGCGCUGGCGGCGAUGCAGCCUUCCAACUUGCAUCAGAUGCAGCAUCAACACGGCUACGAGCUGUGGUGCGCGGCGGGCUCGGCGGGCGCCCUGCGGCGGCUGGUGGUGCUGGCGCGCGCGUGCGGCCGCGGGGGGGACGCGCUGGGCCGGGCGCUGUCCCGGCUCUCCAUGCCCCACAAGCCGGACUUAUUGGAGGAGUGUGCGUUGCUGUGCGCACAGGCACCGGCGCGUGUGUGGGACGCACUGCCGCGCUGCUGUGUGGCGGCGCCGCACGGACGUGCCUGGCCUCUGUUCUUUGAAUAUGGUGUUGAGCCAAAAUCACUACGCUACGUGCCGGAGCCUCCGCCGUUCGCACAAUCCGAUAUAACGCCAUCUUUAGAUAUGGAUUCAAUAAGGUACAUGUAUUUGGGUGGGGGAAGACGUGCAGCGCGCUGGCGGCAGUGCGGGCGUUGUGGAGCCCGUGCCCUUGCUGCCGCACAGCCUUCACGACAUCCAUUACAGAGGGCGUACGAUGGACGUUUCGUGGCUGCAUGCAGGUGUGGUGGGAAGUGGACCCUGGUAUCGAACGUAUAAACUUAAAAUAGUCUUAAAUCAAUUGAUGUAAAUAUUAGGUAUAAAUAAAUGGAUAUUUUCUA